AAAAUAAGUAAAAUGCUAGACGAUCCUAGAUUAAAGAUUGUUGAAGGAAUAGAUGGAGAUUAUGUUAUAAUAGGUUUUCCUCAUCAUUUGGGAGCAAAAAGAGACAAUGUUAGGAUUGGAUAGGAUCAUGGACCAGAUUGUUUAAGAAGAUUUUUACCAAGAAUAGGUCCUUUAAAAAAUGCUGAAUAUAUGAAAGAUAUUAGCAAUUUUAUUAUUUCUGAUUAUGGAAAUAUACAUGUUGAUGAUGAUUAAAAUUUGGAAAAACUUUUAGAAAAAUUGAAUUAAAAAGUUUAAAUUAUAUAAAAUAAGAAUCAUACUCCAAUAAUAAUAGGUGGAUCAAAGGACUGUGUUUUUGGUGUUGUUAGUGAUGAUUUACAUGUAAUUUCAAUAAAUCAUAUUCCUGAUAUUUAAAUACCAUAUGAUGGGAAUAAACCAAGUAUUAAUUCAGGCUUAAGAGCAUCAAAAAGUAAGAUUUCUAUAACCUAUUUUGGAUUUGAUAAUAGUAAGUUAAAUUAAGAUGAAUAAAAUUACAUAAAUGAAAAAUGUAGUGGAUAUAGUUUAUAGUAAAUAAGAUAGGUUUAAAAGAUUUAUCAUUAAGAUUUAACAUCUUAAAUAACAUAAGCUGGAAUAAUGUUCAAUUAAAUACUUAAGAAUCUUUAAGGAAAAAGAAUUCAUAUUUCAGUUUCUUUAGAAGCUAUUGAUGUAUAUUUCUAUUUAAAAAUAGUCUGCUUUCUGUCCUGGAGUAAGUAGGCCUUGUGUAUAAGGCUUAAGUGUAGAAGAAAUAUUUGAAAUAAUUUAUUUGGCAGGAAAACAUUCUGUAAGUUUGGAUAUUACUGAUUAUAAUCCAACAAUUGAAGAUUAUAGAACAGGAUUUCUACUAGGGAAUUUAAUUUAUUAUUAUAUUUUAUCAAAAGGAAAUGAUAUAAAUUGA